GCAGUUGAUUUGAAUGGUGAUGGUAAACUUGACAAGCAGGAAGUGAUGUUUGUGCUAAAGUCGACUCUGCCUAUAAACUAUCAACGGCUCGAGAAAGAUUUCGACAAAUUGUUCCGGAGGUGGGACACCAGUGGUGACGGUUACAUUCAAUAUAAGGAGCUCAUGGGCCCCACAGGGCUCGUCAACUUCGUCAG